AUGAUGUCGGGGUGGGAUAUCCCGUCAAGCUUCCUGACGGACGAAGAGCUUCGCGAGUUCGGUUUCGCGGACAUUUCCCAUGAUGGUCAGAACGGACCACAGCAGACGCAGCAGACUAACGAGACGAACCGCAUGCCCACAGAACUGAUAGGCUUGAACGCCGCUCCUCCUACGUCGGGAAGCGACGACAACAUGCCAAAAGUUGCGUGGGCCCAUGGCUGCCUCGAGGAGUCGAUCGCACCUACCAAUGGCUUUACCAACGCGAUCCCCACUACGGCACGAGAGCAGACGACCCAUGAGAUGGGCGUCAAACGCGUGCUCAAGUCCACCGUGGUCGCUGGCACAGCCACUGGGUCGCAGGCCAACAACAAGAAGAAGAGGAGUUGCCGUCCAAAUCCCGACAAGACGCUGGACAAGAAGACACGAAACAUAACCAACACCCGCAAAAGAGGCCUCUUUGACAAUCACAGCAGCGGCAGUGCUACGAGCAGGCCAUUUCUAGCAAAAGAAGAGAACGGCUUGGCAGAUAUCCACAACCUUCCUUGCGUCGACGGAGAGAAAGCUAUCCCCGGUGGUGGCGGUGAGAAGCCUCGAUCCAGCCAGUACAGAGGUGUCACCAAGCACAAGCGCAGCGGCAGGUGGGAAGCACACAUUUGGGUCAAAGAGACAGGCAAACAGAUGUACUUGGGCGGAUAUGAUAAGGAAGAGCACGCCGCCGAGGCCUAUGACGUCGCCGCAAUGAAAUGCAAAGGGGGCAAGAACGGGCGAAAAGUCAAGCUGAAUUUCCCAGAGGCGAAGUACACAGAGCUGAGUGGAUACAUGGCUUCUGUAAGCCUUGAGGAACUGGUCAUGGCGAUUCGCAGGCAAAGCCAAGGUUUUGCGCGUGGCUCGUCCGGUUUCCGCGGCGUGACCCAGCACCCUAACGGCAGAUGGGAGGCGAGGAUCGGCAUGCCGAACUCGAAGCACAUCUAUCUUGGCCUGUACAACGAGGAAAGCGCUGCGGCGCGGGCUUACGACAUGGCCCUCGUUCGGCUCCGUGGACCAGGGGCUGCCACCAACUACACCCUGGCCAAUUACAAGGAUGAGCUCAUGGCCUUCGAGGACGACAAGCCCGGUGGUGCGCAGCUCGAGGCUAAGGCUGCUUGCAAGGAGGAGGUCAAGAACAAGGAGGCUUGA